AAGAAAAAGAAAAAGAAAAGGAAAGAUAAAAAGGGGGAAAGGGAAAUGAAGAGAGAAAGAAUGAAGAAACUUCAUCGUGAGAGUUGAAGCGAAGCUACACGGAAUCAAAUUCUUCGUCGUGAGAGUUGAGGCGACGAAAUCACAGAGCUUUAAACCCUUCAAACAAGUUCAAAGACGAAGAUUUUUCAUCUCUUUGCGUUUCUUCAUCGACUUAAUUUGAACCCUUUUGGUCAAAUGCAACGAACAAGGAAGACCAACGGGGGAAGUCUAUAUAUAUUUCUUGUGUUAGUUAGUUCUUGAGCUCUCAAAUCAGUGAUCUGCGAUGCAAGUUUGCUUUUGUUCCAUUCAGAAAUUGUAGGAAGUAGUUGAGAGCAAGAUGAGUGGCGGUGCUGGUGGCACUUCUCGAAGCACUAGGGAUUUGAUCUGCAACGCCGGUGCCGGUGCUGCUGCAGGUUCUAUAGCAGCCACGUUCGUCUGCCCUUUAGAUGUCAUCAAGACGAGGCUGCAAGUGCAUGGUCUCCCUUCUGGUCAAAGUGGAGGUAGUAUCAUCAUCACUAGCCUACAAAGCAUAAUGCGUUCUGAAGGUUUCAGGGGAAUGUAUCGUGGCCUUUCUCCAACAAUAGUAGCACUUCUUCCAAACUGGGCUGUCUACUUCACAGUUUAUGAGCAUCUAAAAGGCCUACUUCAUUCAGAUGGGGACGAUGGUCAUCAACUCUCGUUUGGGGCAAAUAUGCUUGCUGCUGCUGGGGCUGGGGCAUCUACUGCCAUUGCAACAAAUCCUUUGUGGGUUGUUAAGACCCGACUCCAAACACAGGGAAUGAGGCCUGGUGUGGUUCCUUACACAGGCAUGGUUUCAGCAUUUACCAGGAUUGUACGUGAAGAAGGAAUUCGUGGGCUUUACAGUGGUAUCAUCCCUUCAUUGGUUGGGAUAAGUCAUGUUGCAAUUCAAUUUCCUGCAUACGAAAGGCUCAAAUCGUAUAUUGCAAAAAGAGAAAACACAACCGUUGACAAACUAAGUCCAGGACAUUUAGCUAUUGCCUCCUCAUUGUCGAAAGUUACGGCCUCGGUAAUGACUUACCCACAUGAGGUAGUUCGUUCCCGGCUACAAGAGCAAGGCCAAGCCAGAAACAUUGCUCCUCAAUACUCAGGAGUAAUGGACUGUAUCAAAAAGGUUUUUCGAAAGGAAGGUGUCCCAGGUUUUUAUAGAGGUUGUGCGACGAAUCUGUUGCGAACAACUCCAUCUGCUGUAAUAACUUUCACCAGCUAUGAAAUGAUACAUAGGUUCCUACUGCGAGUUAUACCUUCUGGUGAGGAUAAAUAUUCAGAAACCCAUCCGAACUCCAAUAGCAAUAGUCAUGUGAAGGCCCAAAAGGCGAACAUAGACGAUGCAAACGAAGUUAGAGAUUCCGACAUACAACAAUCACAAUCCCAACCAAGUAAGCAAACUAGUUUUCCUCUGGGGAAUAAAGAACGCUUAACAUCUAGACAUUGAUUAAAUCUGGUUGCUUUUUAAUUUUUUACUUUUUUCUAAAUCUUAUAAACGAACAAUAAAAAUUUUCUGGCGGUGAAUAAGCGCAUGCUCGCCAUGUGCUGUGAAUUUUGUAACAUGUUUCUUGUUAAGAGAUGCUAUAGGUGGGAAAAAGAGAACAAAACCUGUAGCAUCCACAUGUGUUUGUGAGUGAAUGAAAGCUAUAUUAAAACUUGUAUCUUAUCGAGUCAAGGAAUUUUGGUAAUGAAAUGCUGAGCAAGUUACAUUAAUAUAUUCAUUGAUUGGAUAAUAGAUUGUUUCAAUACAUUUUAUAUGAA